AUGCGCGGCCGAGGUUUCAACGCGAUAGGGCUAAUAGGAGCCACAGUCUGUGGUGUAGCAACAGCAUACACAGCAUUGCAACCAGCAUUGGAAGAGCAGCAAUUGGCGAAAGAGGGUACAUUCGGUGUGCAACACAAUACCGUGAAAGACUCGGAAACCGCAAUCAGUCAGGCGAUACAGAGCGAUCUUAAAGAGGCGAAGGAGGAGCUCACCAAUGCUCAAAAGGGCGGGUUCGCAUGGGGUAUACGCCAGAUGCUCUUUGGGGGCCCUUCGCCGCGGGAUCGUAAUAGUCAGCCCGAUAAAGAAGAUGGACAGCCUCGUACGGGAUGA